GGAACCGGGAAUGCCCUCCCAAAACGUUUACUUUCACACCCCCCGCAGCCAACUUUGGAACCCGUAAUUGUCUCUAUGGGACAGAGGCACACCCAGGGGAAGAUGUGCCCAGGGCACUCAGUGCCCACAUCUCCUAGUCGCAAAGCUUUGCCUUGCUUCUGACCAGCCACCCAAGAACGGGUAUUCCCAGCAGGGGCGUCAUCUCCACCUUGACCGGGAGCAGGACAAGGAGAGCAGGCCCCAUACCCGAAGGAGGGCUCAGCCUUGAGAUUAGGUUGGAGACACAACAAGGGGUGGGGACCCCGAGGGCGGGGGCGGGGCGGAGCAGGUUAGAUUAAAGAGCUCAGAGACCCGAGUCUUGAGCGGUGCAGUCCCGGACCUCUCCUCACUGUCUCCCCAUGGACCGCACCGUGGUGCUCAUCACUGGCUGUUCCUCCGGCAUCGGCCUGCACCUGGCCCUGCGUUUGGCGUCCGACCCCUCCCGGAGCUUCAAAGUGUAUGCCACGCUGCGGGACCUGAGGGCGCAGGACCCGCUGUGGGAGGCAGCCCGGUCCCGAGGGUGCCCUCCUGGCUCCCUGGAGACGUUGCAGCUGGACGUGAGGGACGCGGAUUCUGUGGCCGCUGCCCGGGCACGCGUGACCGAGGGCCGCGUGGACGUGCUGGUGUGUAAUGCGGGGCGGGGUCUGCUCGGGCCGCUGGAGGCGCAUACGGCCGGCGCAGUGGGGUCCGUGCUGGACGUGAACGUGGCUGGGACGGUGCGGACACUGCAGGCCUUCCUGCCCGACAUGAAGCGCCGCCGCUCGGGACGCGUGCUGGUGACCGGGAGCAUGGGCGGCUUGAUGGGUGCGUGGAUGGGGCGGGGCCAGCGGGAGGGGCGGGAUCUGGUAGCAGUGCCUCCGGCUGCCUGGGGCUCCCGGUGGCGACCCUCCCAGACGCGCCUCCGAAGCCUCUUCUCCCCUCGAAGGGCUGCCGUUCAACGCGGUUUACUGCGCCAGCAAGUUCGCGAUCGAAGGUCUGUGCGAGAGUCUGGCGGUUCUCCUGCCUCCCUUCGGGGUCCACGUGAGCCUCAUCGAGUGCGGCCCGGUGCGCACCGCCUUCCUGGAGAAGCUGGAGGGCGUCGCGGGCGGGGUGCUGGACGGCGCGGACGCCGAGACCCGCCACCUCUUCUCCCGCUACCAGCGCCAUCUGGAGCGGAUCUUCCGCGAGGCGGCGCAGGACCCGGAAGAGGUGACCGAGGUCUUCCUCGCCGCGCUGCGCGCCCCGCGCCCCGCGCUGCGCUACUUCAGCACCGAGAGCUUCCUGCCCCUGGCGCACCUGCGUCUGGCCGACCCCAGCGGCUGCAGCUACGUCGCCGCCAUGCACCGCGCGGUGUUCGCCGACGAGCCCGCGGAGGAGCCGACCGACGCUGCCCCAGGCGGCCCCGAGCUCCGCGCUCCUCCCGCCGCCGCCGCCCCGCAAUAAAGGCUUGGUCCGCCGCUGUCUGCCGCUCUCUCCUUUGUGCCCCAGGGAUGCGCGGUUCUGCGGGACGGCGCCAGGCUGCCGGCUGCACUGCUCCGGUGGGACAAGUGGCGCGUGCCUCGGGUGGGCGAUCUGGAAAGAUCGUGGUUAGCCCGGGUUAUAGCUGUGCGGAAACCGAGGCCCAGAAAGAGGAAGAGGCUAGCCCUCGGAAGGGCAGGGCGGCUAGUGGUCCCUGGAUUCCCACGGGGUGUCUGCAGCAGGUGUUAGGUGGACCGGGGAAGGGCGAGAGCCAGGUUGUGACUUGCCCCCACCCCCAGUCAUGGGAAAUCAGGCAAGGGCCUUAACCUUUCUCUGACUGUUC